UGUAUUUGCUUUGGAAGAAUAAAUCAUCUCUAAUGUUGGGUGUCCUACAUGUGUGGAUGUUGCUGCAUUAUAUUAGAAUAGUUUUUCACAUUUUAGAAUGGUACCAGUGUUUCUCAACCUUUUUUCAGUCAAGACACCCUUUAAAAUUAUGGACAGUCCUGAGGCACCCCAUUCUAAAUUGUGAAGACCUGUUCUAAUAGUUUUAUAUAACACAGCAACAUCCACACAUGUAGGACACCCAACAUUAGAGGUGACUUAUUCUUGCAAAGCAAAUACACUU